CACGUCAGUCUUUCGUCACUUGUCAUCCGCAACAGUACCCUCCCGACUCCCGAAUAAUCAAAAAUAUUUUAAUUUCAAUUAAUAACGUGAAUAAAAUGUUGGAUCAUUUUUCAGUAAUGUUUUAUUCUGCAACCCAGCAAUCGUGGAUUCAUCAUUUUCUCCUAGCAUCUACUAUAAUAUUUUUAAGCAAUUACUUUCGACAACUGUUCUUUUUUAAAGCGUAUAAUACCUUACUUGGCACUUAUCACGUCACUUGUCGGGACCUGAAACAGCAACAUUUUAGUUCAAUGAAGAAUCAGAAAUCAGCAGUUCCCCGAUUGAGGGAAAAGGGAGGACUGAGGAUCCUGGAAAUUGGUCCAGGUCCCGGUUACAAUUUCGAAUUUUAUCCACCCAAAAGUGAAGUGACGGCCGUCGAAGUCAAUCCAUUUUUCGAGGAGCAAUUCUUCAAGAAACAGGCCGACCAUCCGCACAUCAAAAUGGACCGUUUUGUCGUCGGAUUCGCCGAGGACAUGAAGGACGUGCCGGACAACAGCGUCGACAUCGUCGUCUCCACCAUGGUCCUCUGCUCCGUCCGCAGUGUCGAAGGGGCCCUGAAAGAAAUUCACCGCGUUUUGGUACCGGGUGGAAAAUAUUAUUUUUGGGAGCACAUCAUUGAACAUGAAUACAGAUUGGUCCGGUGGAUUCAGCACAUCGCUUCGCAUCCUUUGUGCAUGUACCAAUUUGUCUUUGCUGGCUGUAAACUCAACCGGAAAAGUGAUGAGAUUAUCCAAAAGAACGACUUGGGAUUCUCGCACAUCGACCAGAAAAGAUUCCGAACCCCCCAGAAGAGUGGACUGCAUGCCAUAUGCAUUUUUCAUAGCUCUCAUGUCAAAGGAAUCGCCACAAAAUAGGAAUCACCUAUAAAAAGAAAGUCCAGCAUUUUUCAUUACAUUAAUAUCCUAAUUAUUUUCUUUGUAAUUAUAAUUGUUGGAUUUAGGCUAGCCUAAAAUAUACUUCACUUUUUCCAUUUA